UCCAUUCAUGAAGCCAUCGUUUUGGUGAACCGUGCAGCUCCAGUAGAACAGCACGCGCUCUGUACGACGGACCGACAUGGUGGGACAGAGAGGGACUACAGCAAACACAACCACAACCUCCGACGACCAAAAACAUGUCCCAAAACACUGCGCUACUGCUGCCAAAUGAUGUAGAAACUUUAAGGAGGAGGUCUGCAGCCAACAGCCCAGACCGCCGUGACAACCCUGAGCAGCAGCAGCAGCAGCAGCAGCAGCUGCAUCCUCAGCAUCCCUGGCUGCCACGGCAACCGUCUCCAAGCGAAAGACCAUCAGUCGGCCCCAACGUCCCAGAGCUUGGCGAAAUGUCCUCUCAGGAUCCUUCUCAGUUCCUUGGACUCUUUACGCCCAAAUGUUACCUGGCCGUCCACAGAGGGGGCCAGUUUGGCACGCCGGCCUGCUCCACCUCCACGCAGUGCAGUGACGAAUGCUGGCGCGACGCCGACACCGCCAAGGCCACCAUCCGGGCUGAGAACGAGCUGGAGGCCAACAGAGUGGCCAACAACUACAAGUUUGGCUUCAGGAAGUGGAAGAGCCAUGUGACGGAGAGGCCCCUGGAGGACCGAUCCGUUGAGGUCCGGGAGCUGUACUCCGAGCUCAACGUCGUCAAGCCAAACGCCGGCAGAGGCUAUGCGGUCACUUGUGGAAACGUGUUCUACGUCGUCAUGUUUGGCUGGUGGAUCUCGUUGAGCUACUUCUUGUUGUGUCCCAUCAUGUAUCUCACUAUAUGUGGCGCCCCCUACGGGAGAUUAUGUUGGAAGCUGACCUGCUUCUUCAUGUGGCCGUUUGGAAAGUCAAUAGAGAAGGUCGGUGACGGCGGGACGCAGGGCCGGCCAAAGGUUCCCCACUGUGAGGCUAUCCCUGUGGAAGGGGACGAGGAGGGCGGGGACCCCGACCGGGUCGCGGAGGAGGACGCCCCCCUGUGUGUGUCGUCCCCUCUGGCCGUGGUCAUCCCUGUCCCAAGCCCCCCGGAGGACCGGCCCCCACCCCGGCUUUGGUGUCGCUUCAGCACCUACGUGUGGCUGGUCGUGGCCUUCCCACCCCUAGCUGUGGUCCACUGCCUGGCCUGCUGCGUCUCCUGGCUGCUGGUGUUCACCAUCCCCGUGGCCAAGAUGAACGCCCGGACCCUCACCACGGUCCUGCUGCUGCCGCCGGAGAACGUCCAGAUCCAGACGCGAGAAAAGACCUAUAUUUCUGAUACCAAGGUGGUCCUGUGUUGCUAUCAAGCCGUGAACUGGUAUUAUUAUAAAUAUACUUUCCAGGGCAUCAACAUCUUUGCUCUCAACAUCCUCCCGCUGGUGCUGUCCACGCUGGUCCUGGGCUACGUGGACCGCAGCCACCGCUACACCAGCAUGGGGGCCAAGUUCCUCACCUCCAUCGUCUCCAUCAUACCGCUCUCCUACUACAUCGGCAUGGGCAUCGCCAGCAUAUCUGCCCAGAGCAACUUUGCGGUGGGCGCGGUGGUGAACGCCACGUUCGGCUCCAUCACGGAGAUCACCUUCUACAUCACGGCCCUGCUCCAGGGGUACCACGCCCGGACCAAGUGCUUCGAGGAGCUGGUGAAGUCUGCCCUCACCGGGACCCUGCUGGGGUGUAUUCUCUUCAUACCCGGUAUCUGUAUGGUGAUCGGGGGCAUCAAGCACAGUGAGCAGCGGUUCAACAGUCGCUCGGCCGGGGUGAGCUCUGCACUGUUGUUCAUAUCAGUAGGAGGUGUGUUCGCCCCCACCCUCUUCACCAAGGCCUUCGGGAGUCUGGUGUGUGAAGGCUGCACCAAUGUCCCGGGCAACGGCAGCGCGCCCUUCAUCUGCAAGGACUGCUACUAUGACUUUAGCCAGUCGAACCAGCAAUGGAUCCUUACCCACACAGAGCCUCUGGUGUACACCAUCGCCGUGCUGCUGCCCGUCGCAUACCUCAUCGGCCUCAUCUUCACUCUGAAGACCCACAAACACAUCUACGACAUCCACGUCAGCGAGGGGCCCGGCGGGCAGCGGGGCCCCGGGGCCCAGGGUCAAUACCCCCAUGGAGGGGAGGGGCCGGAGGUCGCCACCUGCAUCAACGCCGACUUCAUCACCACUAGCUUCGGCACGAAAGUAGGCCACCAUGUACUCCACUGGUCUCGAUGGAGGGCCUUAGUGGUUCUGAUCAUCGCCACGCUACUCAUGGCUGCCUGCGCUGACCUCACCACACAGAACAUCCAUCCUAUAUUGUCCUACAACAUAUCCCAGUACUUCAUCGGGGUCGCGGUGCUGGCCAUGGUGCCUGAGCUCCCAGAGAUCGUCAACGGCAUCCAGUUUGCCCUGCAGAACAACAUCAGCCUCAGCCUCGAAGUGGGCAGCUGCAUCGCGGUGCAGGUCUGCAUGAUUCAGAUCCCGCUGCUCAUCCUCUUCAACUCCUUCUACGACGUGGGCUUUGUGCUGGUGUUCAGUGACAUCCAUCUCUGGGCCAGCAUCUUCAGUGUCAUUCUGGUCAACUACAUUUUUAUGGACGGAAAAAGUGAUUACUUCCAGGGUACGGCCCUACUGAUGGUGUACUUCAUCCUACUGGCCCUAUACUUCUUCGCUCCUUCACCUCGUUCUUGUUGAUCUGCUUUGUUUAUGAAUUAGACUGUACUGUUCUGUAAGUAUUUGUUUUUGUUGUUGGAUUUUAAGACUUCUUUCUUCCAAAAUAUCUUGUGUUCUUAUGCCUGGCGUCUGUAAAUCUGAACUUUUAAAAAGUUAAAAGUACGGUAAAAGUGAGUAAAUCAAAAUGUGAAAUAUCAAGUGGUGAUAUUGUAAUAAAUGCAUUCAUUUCAA